AUGAAAAGGACUCGUGUGACCUGGUUCAUGAUCGUCAUAACAUCUUAGGAACGCCAUUUGUGGCUGAGGACAGUGGGAGCAAGUGUUCAUCAGAUGGGAAUCAGGCGAUGUAUAAGAGAAACUAUGAAAUUCCUCGUCGAUUGGAUGCCUCUGGCCCCACUCACGGACGAGGAACUCUGUAGCAGUAGAGUCGGUAUCAAGGAGGAGCUCAACGAUGGGGUCACCGAAGAGACAUGUCUGGAUAUUAAGGACGAACCACUGGAUUACGGAGAAGGGAUGGGGAUGGAAAUGAGCGACGGGAAAGUGAAAUCUGAGGGACUUUACUUUCAAAAUCUUCAUGACCUGAGACAUAAAUCGAAUGAAAAGGACUCGUGUGACCUGGUUCAGGAUGGUAAUGGCAACUUAGGAACGCCAUUUGUGGCUGAGGACAGUGGGAGCAAGUGUUCAUCAGAUGGGAAUCAGGCGAUGUACAAGGUAAGUCCUGAGGGGGAUAUACAAACAAAAGUGGAAGCAACAUUGAAACGUUAUGGAUGUGACGUGUGUGGCAAGAAAUUCUCUUCUCGGAGUAAGAUCGAAGUUCAUAUGAGAGUCCACACAAAGGAGAAGCCCUUCAUGUGUGAUAUUUGCAAUCAGACAUUUUUUGUGAAAGGGAAUCUAGUAAGGCACAUGAUGACAGUGCAUUCAAAUGAGAAGCCCUUCAGAUGUGAUACUUGCAAUAAGGCCUUCAAAUGCAAAAGUUAUCUUGUAAGCCAUGUCAGAAUGCAUACAAAGGAGAUUUGCUGUGAGAUUUGCAGCAAGGCUUUCAGACAAAAAACUAAUUUAGUGAAACAUAUGAGGGUACAUACAAAGGAAGAUCUAGUGAGACAUACAAGUAUACAUGUAAAAGAAAAGCCAUACAGCUGUGAGAUUUGCAACAAGGCUUUCUCAGACAAAAGGAAUCUAUCGAGACAUAUGAAAGUACAUACAAAAAAGAAGCAAUACAGCUGUGAGAUUUGCAUCAAGGCUUUCACAAUAAAGGAAGAUCUAGUGAGACAUACAAGUAUACAUGUAAAAGAAAAGCCAUACAGCUGUGAGAUUUGCAACAAGGCUUUCUCAGACAAAAGGAAUCUAUCAAGACAUAUGAAAUCUAUUCUAGUGAGACAUAUAAGAGUACAUACAAAAGAGAAGCCAUAUAGCUGUGAGAUUUGCAUCAAAGCUUACUCAGACAAAAGGGAUCUAGUUAAACCAUUUCUGCUGUCACUUGUUACGGGUGAUCCAAAGUGA